UGGUGAAUUCCAACAAGAAGAAAAACCACUACUGGAGGCGAAUUAACAGAGAAGCUUGGUUCUGAGAGAAAGCAAGCAAGUGCAUCUCGGAGAUUCAGCCGUUUCUAUAUGUAUUCCAAAAUGCAGAGUGUACUUCAAGCCUAGCUUAGAGAAGAGUUUGUUUUUGUUUAAUUCUGCUUUAAACCGCUUCUUUACUGUGCAUUUGUGUUGUGUUCAAUAGUGUUCUUUUUCUUUGCAUCAAGCCGAGCCUUCAGAGUAUAGUUUUGUUUUUGUUGACUAUUUCAUUUGAUUAUAUCCUGUGCCAGAGUCGAAGUACAAAUAGUUAAUAUUUAAUUAGUCAAAAUGAUAAUCGCUAUCGAGGGUUGUGCUCACGGCGAGUUGGAGAAGAUUUACGACCUGAUUGAGAGCAUUCAGCAGCGAGAAGGAUACAAGGUCGAUCUUCUGAUCUGCUGCGGAGAUUUUCAAUCUACAAGGAACCUACAGGAUCUGCAGUGCAUGGCCGUUCCAAAGAAGCACUUGGAUAUGUGCACCUUUUACAAAUAUUACAGCGGUGAAAAAACUGCCCCGGUAUUAACCAUUUUCAUCGGCGGAAACCACGAAGCUUCGAAUUACUUGCAAGAACUUCCGUAUGGUGGUUGGGUGGCGCCAAACAUUUACUAUCUCGGGUAUGCUGGUGUAGUGAAUGUAAAUGGUGUUAAAAUCGCGGGAAUCUCCGGCAUUUAUAAGGGACACGAUUAUCUGAAAGGUAGAUUUGAGUUUUCUCCGUUCAAUGAGUCUACCAAGAGAAGUGUUUAUCAUAUUCGCCAAAUCGAUGUGUUCCGCUUGAAACAGUUGACGCCAAAGGUGGACAUUUUACUUUCUCAUGAUUGGCCUCGAGGAGUUACCAGUUAUGGAAACAAAAAGCAAUUGUUACGAUUUAAACCCGCAUUUCGAGAAGACAUUGAGGAGAACAAGCUCGGAAGUGCACCUUGUGAGGACCUGUUGAUGACUUUGAAGCCACCUUACUGGUUCUCAGCUCAUCUCCACUGUAAGUUUUCCGCGCUCAUUCCUCAUGGCGAUGGAAUGGUCACAAAGUUUCUGGCAUUGGAUAAGUGCUUACCCAAACGGAGGUUUUUGCAAGUGCUUGAUAUAGAAAAUCCCGAAGCAUCUCCUGGGAAGAAAGUGGAGCUUUGCUACGAUUUGGAGUGGCUCACGAUUCUUCACCUCACCAAUCAUUUGAUCAGUGUGAAGGGAAGCAAUGGAUACAUGCCGGGAGACGGCGGCGGAGAGCGGUUCAACUUCGUUCCUAAUGAGAUGGAGAAAAGGACUGUGUUGGAGCGGUUCCAAAAUGAUCUCCGCAUACCUUUGAAUUUCACACGGAUCACGGCACCACACGAUCCAAGCGCUGCGGCUGAUUUUGAUCUUGUGGAGCAGCCCAACGCCCUGCUGAAUCCCCAAACGACAGAUUUCUGCGACAAGCUGAACAUUGAUGAUCCCCUCCGGUUAGCCAUGCUCAUGAGUGGUCAUGAGCUCAACGUCUCAAACUACGUGGACCUGAGUCCGUUGACUGUUUCGGUUAGCCCGGAACGAAACGACGAUGAGCUGAUAAUAGAAGACGAUUCAUCCUCGAAUGAAGAGUCCAAUGAACCCACACAUUUGCUAGCCCGGCCCACGUUGUCAUCUAUUCUACCGAAACCCAAGUGGCGCCCUAAUUCUAGUUCAGACGAGUCUACGCUCGAUUCUUCCUCCCUGUCUACAUCGAAUCGCAGCGCUCCGACGCCCAAAAAGCAGGAUUUGAAUCUAUCGGACAAUUUCACUAUUGACGAUUUGAAUCUGUCGAGCCCUAAAGUUAUGCAUGUCGACGGUGCAUCCGCCGUCGUGGUUGAAGACGCAACGGUAGGUAAUGCCGAGGAAAGACCACCGAAUAAAAAGUUCAAGCGGCGGAACCAAGCGAUAUAUGCCAAGGAAGACAGUGAUUAAGGAAGCGCGGAUGAUCAGUUGUACAAAAGUGGUGUGCAUGAUUUGAGGGGAACGAUCAUCAGCUAUCAGCGAUAGUGAAUUGUAAAUUAUUGAUCAACUUUGCAAUACUCGUGGGAGGGACAAAUCACUUUGACGUCAGUAAUUUUAAACAUAAGAAAUUUUUUCAUUGAAUAAAUUGAAAAGUAUUCGUGAGAUUGCAUGUUUAUGCAUUAAUUUUCAGCCCCUCUACCAAUUCGGUACCGGGUUCGAUUAUGUGAGAUGAUGAAUAAAAUUUUGUAGAAAAAAAUAAGAUAGUUUAACCAACGGCGUAUAGUACAUUAAAUAGAGAACACAACAUGGCCUGAUUCUUGACCACUCUUUGUUUUUUGGGAGGCUUGAAACUUUGAGGCCUGAUUAACAAUUUUUCCCCAAUGAAUUCGGUUCGUGGCUAUCUCUCUCCAAUUCCGCGGGCACCCUGUGCUCACCAUGUCAUGCUUCACUUGGCCUGACCUUAUUGCUCGUUGCGCUCCUCGUCGUCUCGUACCAGCCGGAUUCCCGAUGAACACCAUUUUUGCAGGAUAGUUGUCCGACAUUCAUGCAACAUGUCUUGCCCAGCGUAUCCUUCCAGGCUUGAUCACUUUCUGGAUACUUGGUUCGCCGGUGAGUUGCGUGAGCUUGUGGUUUAUUAUUCACCUCCAUACGCCGUCCUCCUGCACACCGCCGAAGAUGGUUCUUAACACCCGUCGUUCAAAGAUUCCGAGUGCUCGCAGGUCCUCUUCGAGUAUUGUCCAAGUCUCGUGCCCGUAGAGGACGACCGGACUUAUUAGCCGUUUAUACAGGGAACAUUUUCACGACUGUUAGGUCUGUUUGACCUUAAGUGUUUGUGGAGGUUAUAGUAGGUAAGACUCCGAUUGAUAAUGCGUCUCCGGAUCUCGCGGCUGGUAUCAUUGUCAGACGUUACCAUUGAUCCAAGGUAGACAACUUGGCCCACUACCUCGAACGCAUCGCCGUCGAUCAUUUACACUACUACCUAAUCGGGUCCUGUCGUGCUCGGAUCCGGAAGCCAGCAUGUAUUAGGUUUUAGACAAAUUGAUUUUCAGUCCAAUUCUCUCUGCUUCGAGCUCAAGUCUGAUGUAAUGUUCAGCUGCCGUCUCAAAUGUUCUGCCGACAAUGUCUACGUCAUCAGCGUAGCCAAUGAAUUGACUGGAUCUAUUGAAGAACGUACCACGCAAGUUAAACGCUGCUCGUCCCAUAACACCCUAUAGCGCAAUAUUGAACAGUAGUCAAGAGAGACCAUCGCCUUAUCGAAACCCCCUACGGGACUCGAAUGAAUCAGAUAAUCCACCCGAUAUUCGCACUCAGCACUGUAUUCCAUCCAUCGUAGCCUUAAUCAGUCUUGUCAGCUUCACGGGGAAGCAGUUUUCGUCCAUGAUUCUCCAUAGCUCUUUUCGUGUUAUUGAAUCGUAUGCGGGUUUAAAGUCGAUGAAUAGAUGGUGCGUAGGGACUUUGUACUCACGGCAUUUCCGGAUGAUCUGCCGCAAGGUGAAAAUUGACUGACCUUCGAUGAAGCCGGCCUGAGAACCUCCCACGAAUCUGUUUGUCAGGCGCGAUAGCCGACGGAAGAUCAUUUGGGAAAGCACUGUGUAGGCGGCAUUCAGGACGUUAUCGGUCCACGGUGCACGAAAGUUUUCACAUUCUAGUUUGUCCCCUUUUUUGAAGAUAGGGCAAAUAACCGCUUCUUUCCACUCCUGCGGUAGUUGUUCUGUUUCCCAAUUUCUGGCAAUCAGCCGAUGCGGAUAACUAACCAACUUUCGUCAAGUUCAUAGAAUUCUGUACAAACCGAGACGGAAAAUUAAUGCUCACAUCUGUUGGUAUUGGUGCUUUCAAACCAUCUGGCGUUUAGCUGAGAAGAACAUGGACUGCUAUAAAUUGAUGUUGAUUUACACAAAAGUAACUACUCCUUCGUUCAAUGCAGCAGUUCUUAUCGUUACAUUUCACUACUUGCAAAAGGUCUUGGCAUGUCCUUACGUGACGAGCAAACUACUCGGCUUAAUAUUGUACUAAUUCUGCUUCGUCAAUUUGGAAGUUUUCGGACCUUAUAUAUUCUGCUUUGACGGGAUAUUCAUCGAUCGCUAGGUUAUUCCAUAAAUCAGCUUCAUACGAUUCAUACUAAAAAUGCAUACUGCAUAUUAAAAAUGUUUUGUUUCCAAUUCCGGGUCCCUUGUUUUGAGUUUUACAUAUAAGUUGCAUAUCGGGUCCCUUAUGAUCACGAAUAAGUAUUUAACCUACCGGGAAAGAGGGACAGUCCGACUUUCAACUCAGUUGAAUGCACUGCGUGCUGGAGAAUUUGUAGCAACUAAUAUUGCAUCAAGAUUCAAUUGAUUGAAAUGAUAAAUCGAAAAUAUAUAUGACCUUUUUAAAAUAAGAGUUCUCGUCUGGUACUUCAUCCACAUUAAUUAUGGUUUCCUUAAGAUAUCUCUGCACUUGCUUAAAGUGAAGGUGGAACGAAGCCACAAAUGGCUGUCACAAUGGCGCUCACUUCUUUCAUCUCCCUCCCUCACCCCUCGCCCGAUAUGCAAAAAAAUCAAUAAAUUUGUAUGUAGAAAAUGAUCGUUUUCGCACACUUCCCAUCAAGUAAUAUUAACCAAACUCUAAUCGAUUACUAACGAGAUAUUAAAUUUUCAUCUGACGUCGCAAUGUAUAAUGAAAAACGUCGGAAAACUGGAGCUAGUGCUCUGAAAGAUAAAUUUUUAUUUUUCAGUUUUCCGCAAUGGUUUUGUUUGUAUUCGGAGAGCAUCGUUAUUUUUUCGACACUGAUGCCAGACAACAUCAUCGAAACAGCUAUAACAAACACUCAAUAAAAUGUUAUCCCUAAGUCAUAGCGUUUCAUGUCAUGAAAAUCAAUAAAAUAAAAUUGUGUUGAUGUCAAUACAAUUAUUAUUUUUACGUUUAAUGGGUCUAUAAUGAAAAUCUUAGCAACUUUAACAUUCGUUAAGAAAAUUGUAUUGCAGAGCUCGGAACACAGCUGCACAUGCCUUCAAAAAUAGUAAACGGAAAAGUAUUACAUUCAAUCAAAACGCCUCGGCCAACGAAGAGAAGGGUUAAUGCUCUCCAACAUGUAUAUGUGAAAACGAUCAACGAAGGAAAAUUUUAAAGAAUUAAAGAAUUAUCAACAUCGAGUUACUGUGCGAAAGAAUUUGUUAAUACCAAAAGAGCCCCAUUUCGCAUGUGUUAUAAAUUUGCUCAUACGCUCGCAUAUAAUCAGAAUUUUUCUUCAUAUGCAAAUUCACCUUCUAUAUAUAUUUAUAUUUGCAAUUGUUCAUCGGAACACAUCGUUCAUGCAUUUUACUUCAGUAUUGAAUUGUUAUUUUCUUCAAAUGUAUUCUAAGACUCGUGUCAGUGAAGCGCCACACAGUCUGAUAAGGGAAUUGAUCUAUUUACGGGUGCUUUGCUCUUCUCUCACAAAUACUAUUAUCCCAUUUUUACACGUGGUUUUACCUAUACUACUACAAUGGCUUCCUUCCACCUUCACGAACCACCUUAAGCGAACUUCAAUGUCUAUAUACCAUUGAAUGGACCGAAUGGACAGUUAAAUACUUGUUUGAAGAAUCAUAGGUGGACAUAGGCUUCGUUUUGUAAUUUAUGAGAAACAAGCAUUUAAAAAACUGGUAUUUUGGAGCAUUGUCACGUCGCAAAAAUGAAGCAUAUAUUAGUUUAUCAGAUGAACCUAAGUUCAAACAUUGUUAUACCUGGGUUUUAUUAAGCAAGGUUGGUAAAUGACUGGACUAAGCGUACUAUCGGUACUUCACGUACCUGCAGGCAUAAAAUAGACCCCAUUCGUGGUCCUUAGCUUUCUGUCCAGUAAGUCCUAUCCGGUGCCGGCUGGGGUACGAGUAACCAUAGUGAAGAUCGGGUAACCAACCCCGGUGGGAUCUUGGUCAUAUGCCGACGGGAAAAGGGCCUCUACGAGCGUCUGCUCACCAUGGAGGUGUGGCCCAAAACAGCGUUUGUUCCUCAUGUCAGAGGUGGCUGAUCACUGUCUUCAUGCCAGCGGGGAUUCUAGAAAGAGUUGUGCACGACGAUCCUGCGGCGAAACAGGGGGUUGGUGCACCCAUUCGUAAAGAUGAAACGCACAGGAAAAUUCAUAAAGAAAUUCGAGACAGGAUAAUCGGACUAGCCUCACGCAAAGAACACGGACUAGAGAUUGGAAACUCGGAACAUGGAACUGCAAGUCUCUCAAUUUUCUUGCGAGUACCCGAAUUCUUUCGGAAGUAUUGAGAGCCCGCAAUUUCAUCAUCGUAGCGCUGCAGGAGGUGCACUGAAAAGUUCGAUGGUGCGAUCGUUCCAAGGUGGGUCUAGCAUCCACCAGAGCUGCGGCAACACAUACGAACAUACGAGCUUCCAUGUUUAUGGGGGAGAUGCAGAAACGGGUGAUUGACUGGUGGCCGAUCAAUAAAAGAAUGUUCAGAUUGAGGGUGGCCUCGCAUCUUCAAUGUCAGCAUUAUUAACGUCCACAGCCCCAUCUAGCUGUCGAAUAUUGUAGGCGCAAUGCCCAGGCCUCGGAACGAGAGCGAGCACGUUUUCCUUCCUGGUGUUUUCCUUCAAAUAUGUAUUCGAGUGUCUUAUGGUCAGUUAGUACCGUGAUGCGUAUUCCGAAUAAAUACAAAUAAAAUUUCUCGGCUGCCCAAACGACGGCUUAUGCCUCGCGUUGGGUUUGCGGGUACACUCCUCCUGUCUUUGUAAGGCCUUAUGACACGAAGCGGAUUAUCCUUGGCUGGUUCAUACUAUUCCUUUUGACUAAAACCGCUCCAAGGCCCACCUCCGAUGCGUCCACGUAAUGCUCUGUCCGGUCCUUCGGAUAGCCGAAACUUCAGGAUGCCAGAAUUAGCCGAUAUUAUAAUGUGAACACACACUUCGUUCGACGGUUCAACACGUAAUGAAUUUAUUUUUCGAAAUCUUUUUAUUACAGGUUCCUACGGGAGACACUUGAAGCAUUGAUUCAUUUAGAUGCUAUGUAUACGAUCACCAAUCAGCGAUCGGUGAACAUGCGAAAGGGGACACUUUUGUUUUUCGCGAAAACGCUGACGGCCUUUGUGCAGGCGAAUUUUCAAUUAUGUGUCGGUUAGUAAUAACAGCAUUUUCCCACCGAUGUAGUUUGUCGAAUGUGCAAGUUUGGAAAACGUGGGAAUGACAUGUGGAAUGCACAUGUUAUACUGGCUAGCAUAUUCCAGUUUUUUCUCAAAAACCCUGGCGUUGCUAGACACCAACUUCUCCCAGUCAUUCUCGGUAACGGUGUUGAUUGUUGCCCCAGAAUCAAUCAAAAAUUCAGUUGGAAGUAGGUCAAAAAUCCCACGAUUGUUCCAUCAUUCUGUGUCUUCACCUAGCAAAAUAAGUGAUUUGAAAAUACUAUUAGUGUUUGCUUAUUUAUUCAUCGCUUAAUUCAAUAAGAUUUAACUUUUACAGUUUUUGUAUUAAUAGUAUCGGGUUUUAGAUAACUUAUUCUGGUUAGCUGUGCACUUUCUUGCAAAGUAGCCCACAUCGCCGCAGCUGUUGUAUGUAGUAUUUCGGGCAAUGCAGUUUUCAGAUUCUCGUUGGUGCCGUCAAGAUCCACACUGGCUACAUUCUGUUCAUCCUCUGCCUUCCCAUUUUCGCUCGCACUAAACCGGUCGUGUGGAAUGUCUACUCCUUGGCAUUAUCUUCCUUGCCCAUUCUUGCUUGACCACUGCUAUGGCUCCAUUUUUAGAUCUAGAUGGAUGCGUUUUUCACCUUCUACUUCAAUAAAACCUUGCGGUUAAUCGCAUAGUUCACGAUCCCAUCCAGAUUCAGUGUACUUUCGAGGCAUGCGGCGUACGCAAUCUCAGCAAGUAGCGAGUGAAUGUCUCACCAGCGGCCUGGCGGAGAGAAAUAAAAACCUCCAGUUCUACUCUUUCGUUACGUUUUCCCACGAAAUAAGGACGAAAUAUUCUAUAAGAUAAUUUUCAUAAUGGCUUAUGAAGCCACCUUUAAAAUGGCAACAAAUUUUACAACAAAUCGGUGCAUAUUUGACCCAAAUCGGACAAUCCGAAACAUCUUAACACAUUAAGUACCGCACGUUUUGGGGCAAACUUGUACGCUUCAUUUGUUCGGAUUCCACGAAUGAGAUCGUUUCCAUCGGUGUGGAUGAGACGAAGACGAGUCAUCGGUAGGUCUUGUUAGAUUCUUGACAGACCAAGGAUUUAACCAUCAAGUGUACAAAACACGGGUUAUUUCGUGAUCCAUCCGUAAUAGACGGAACGCGAAACACGAGAAAACUCGUGAGCGGUCCGCAAUGUUGUAACCCGCGACGCCGGGGGAGCGCGCGAGCCCGUCGCUACCGGGGAAUUUGCGCAGAUAAGCGGUCGGCUUAAGCGCCACUCCCGUGAGGGAGACCGACCGCCGUGUUAUUUUCCUUGCCCGGCAAUGAGACACCCACUGAGGGCGGGUUUGUCCUUUUCUCCUCACAAACCCGGUUAGCUUCGCGACUUUUUUCCUGCACUCUCGGGAGAACCCGCGAUAUCGUUUGUCCACGAGACGUAAUGCAGACACAAGGAAGUCUGGGUCGAUCCCACUGACUACCACUUAUGCUGAGGUCUCCUCACUGGACCUACUAAUAAUGAUCUUCCCCUCAACUUCAGAGCUCGCUUCGGAGCGUAGGAGUGAGAGUGGAAGUAAACAAAAAAGGAGUCUCCACCCUGACUCGUGACCUAAUUAACACAAAAAGAAGAGUGAACGGGUUCGUCGGUGUUUAGGCCACCGCGAGCCAGUAAAUACACAUUUGUUUCUUAGACCUUAACAUAUAAAUCGAACGGAAAAGUUUAUUUUACACUACAUUAAAUAUCAAAACAUCUCUCACAACAUUCUCAAUCACUUAAAUCAAUUAGCUUCAUCAACACUUCUCUUCUACAUUGAACAUUUAGUCAAUCAGGAAAGAACAUCCAUCAACAUAGAAAAUUUAUUUACUCUAAGAACAUUAAUCAAAUUUCAUUACUCUACUCUAAUUUUCCUCCCAAGUCUCGAUCUCAUCACAUCUAGGUUGAGAAGACGGCGCGCUUGCUAUUUACUCCGUUAGGCUAUUCAUGAAUGGCUUCGCUUAUAGCGAUUGAAAUUACACAGUCAUAUGGAGUGAGCUCUCCACUGCAUGCAUUAUUUGUGUGUGUAUGGCUUUGAAUUGUGUGGCUUUCGUGGUUAGUAGCUAUUUAUAGCGUUUUGCUCAAUAUCACUUAUCCUACAUGCGCAUGUUAAUAAUGGAUAAGGAAAAAAGGUACUCACUACCAUGGAUUUAUGUGAUUCGCUACGUCGACGGGUUCUACUCCUAGCUGGGCGUGCGAUGAGCGGUCCUAACUUCCGGUUUACGCCUGUUGCGGCUGCCAGUAUUGUUCGCGCAGCGCAGUCUUCGAACCAGGCGGAAAGGUUUGAGCCUUGGCUGGAUUUUUGGUCAAUUCCAACGUUGACUCCGUGGGGUCAGUAGCGGCGCUUCCUAAAGAGGUUACACGAAAAGCACACACAAGAACCAUUCAAAAUUACGCCACAUGAGCCAAACCACAAUGCCAUUCUUACCUCCGGAUGUAUUUAACGGAUGCACGGGAGGGUACAACUUCAACUUUGCCUAAAUCUAUCGACUAUCCAGCUAACAAAAUUUGAACAAAA